GUAUCCGUUGCAAGAUAUGGUGUACAACACGCUCGUCUAUUCUCACAUCUUGCUGACCUUCGUUUAUUUGCCGCUGAUCCUGUGGCAGUUCUAUGCAAAAAGGGGCACUGAGAAGCACGUUCAGCGAGGAAUUUGGUUGAAAUUCCUGGCAGUGCUGAUGAUUGGUGGCGGCUGGGCUCUUCAGAUCCGCCAUUCCUGGUUCAGCGAUGCUCGUGUCUUCGAGAAGCAUCCGGUCCUGUUUGAGUUGCAGUUUGCCCGCAGCUUCAUCAGUGCAUUUGGCAGCUCCACUGUCAUCAGCGCCCUCAACGUCUAUCUGGUCGGAGUGAAAAAGGAUGCACGGAAGAUGUCUUUGAACAGUCCUUCGUACUUCCUGGUCCUGGCGGCUACCCUGGCAUCUCUUCUCAUCAUCUCUAACUGCAUUAUCUACAUCACGCGGGAGCUGAUGAAACUUCCAGCAUGGAGCUCAUACCACUGGGAGAUGUUGUGGGAGAUGUCCGUUAUCGGGUCCGUUUUUCCUCUCUACGACGGCAUGAACCUCUAUGCAUUGCUGAUGUGGCAGC